AUGUUCACCAGUUUCCUCCUCGUUAUCAUCCUCGGUUGGGUGGGCCCCUCCAACGCGACCACUACUCCUUGCCCGCUGCAGCCAGGAGCCGUCACCAACUGCGAGACCUGGCAGCUUGCCGAGCAUGGAGACACGUGCUGCUCUCUUGCUGAUGAAUUCCAACUGGACGAUCAAGCCUUCCUUGGCAUGAAUCCGCAGCUACGUGGCGAUUGCCUCAACAACUUCUUGGAGGGCUUCUGUUGCAUCGACGAGCUCGAGGACUUAAUCGACAUCUUCCAUCAGCCACCUGCCGCCUUCAUCAAGCUCGUCUACGGUCCAGAUCAGUACCUCUUCGUUGGCAUUGACAUCAAGCUCCAGCAUCUUUUCUUCGACAUUGUCGACGAGCUCUUCGAACUCAGCCGCAUUGAUUACUACUUCUUUGCUGCCUUCAACUUCUUCGUCCCUGAGUCCACCAAUGUCGUCGACGCAGCCUACUUCCACCCUAUCGACCACAUCGAAGAAGUCAACGAGCACCACGAGUACCGUGCCACCGCACACUACUUCGCCGACAUGCGAACUUCGGACCGGGCCCACGUCACCUCCCUCCGCGACGCGCACAUGCACACCCUACGCUGCGAGGUCAAUGCGACCUUGCUAUUCAACUCGUUCGAGAGCGCAGUAAAGCCCACGGACACGGUGCAUUGGCCGAACUUUUUGGACCUCGAUUGCGCGACCAAGGUGUCGCCUACGACUACCAUCAUCCAUGCCGCGUACGUGUGGCUGAGCUCGCUGUGCUCUUGUUUCACCCACGAUGAGUUCACCCGGACACUCCACCCGUCGAUGAGCAUCUGA